UUGUGUUUACGUCUGCCUUCAUCCCCAUCCUUUCCGCUCUAGCAUAAGCAAAAUUAUAACCCCGCACAUCGACUUGCAUGCAAUUAUCAUAGCCUGAGUGCUCCUCCGCUGAGGGACUUCGCCCCCGAGACCGCUGACUGUCUGUGAAUGACAAAUCAAAAGUCAGGGUUGCAGAAUCAGCUGGACUUUUCUGCUUAUUGGCAGCAGAGGGAGGAAGCAGAGAAUGAAAGAUUCUGAAAAUAAAGGUGCCUCGUCUCCAGACAUGGAGCCCAGCUAUGGGGGAGGUCUGUUUGACAUGGUGAAAGGAGGAGCAGGGAGGCUGUUCAGUAACCUCAAGGACAACUUGAAAGACACCCUCAAAGACACAUCUUCUAGAGUUAUACAAUCGGUGGCCAACUACACAAAGGGAGAUUUAGACUUCACUUAUGUUACCUCCAGAAUUAUUGUGAUGUCCUUUCCCCUGGACAAUGUUGACAUAGGAUUCAGGAAUCAGGUUGAUGACAUUCGGAGCUUUUUGGAUUCCAGACAUCUUGAUCACUACACAGUCUACAAUCUGUCACCCAAGUCUUACCGAACUGCCAAGUUUCACAGCAGGGUCUCAGAAUGCAGUUGGCCCAUUAGGCAGGCUCCCAGUCUGCACAACCUCUUUGCUGUGUGUCGGAAUAUGUAUAAUUGGCUGCUACAGAAUCCCAAAAACGUCUGUGUUGUCCACUGCUUGGAUGGACGGGCGGCAUCGUCAAUUCUGGUUGGUGCUAUGUUCAUUUUCUGUAAUCUCUACUCUACUCCUGGCCCUGCUAUUCGAUUGCUGUAUGCGAAGCGACCAGGAAUUGGACUGUCACCAUCCCACAGGAGGUACCUGGGCUAUAUGUGUGACUUACUAGCAGACAAGCCCUAUCACCCUCACUUCAAGCCUCUCACGAUCAAGUCCAUCACUGUCAGUCCCGUACCCUUUUUCAACAAACAGAGAAACGGAUGUCGCCCUUACUGUGAUGUACUAAUUGGAGAAACCAAAAUAUAUACAACCUGCACGGAUUUUGAACGAAUGAAAGAAUACCGGGUCCAAGAUGGAAAAAUCUUCAUUCCCCUGAACAUCACUGUGCAAGGAGAUGUGGUUGUCUCCAUGUAUCACUUGAGGUCAACCAUUGGAAGCCGGCUGCAAGCUAAGGUGACCAAUACACAGAUAUUCCAGCUUCAGUUUCAUUCUGGAUUCAUACCUCUGGACACAACAGUAUUAAAGUUCACCAAGCCUGAGUUAGAUGCAUGUGAUGUACCAGAAAAAUACCCCCAGCUAUUUCAGGUGACGCUGGAUGUAGAACUACAGCCCCAGGACAAAGCAGUAGACUUAACCCCACCAUGGGAGCAUUACUGCACAAAAGAUGUCAACCCCAGUAUCCUCUUCUCUUCUCACCAGGAGCAUCAAGAUACUCUGGCCUUAGGAGGACAGGCUCCAGCAGAUCUCCCUCCAGACAACCCCAGGAAUUUGGGGCAAAGUGGCUUCUUUGCCUCUCUCUGUUGGCAAGAUCAGAAAUCAGAGAAAUCAUUUUGCGAGGAGGACCAUGCUGCCCUCGUGAAUCAGGAGAGCGAGCAAUCCGACGACGAGCUUCUGACCCUUUCCAGUCCGCAUGGCAAUGCCAAUGGUGACAGACAUCAUGGCGCCAAGAAGCCCAGCAAAAAGCAGCAGGAGCCAGCCGCUCCGCCACCCCCUGAGGAGGUGGACCUUCUGGGCCUAGAAGGUUCUGAUGUGAGUAAGAGCUUCUCUCCACCGGCAGCGCCUCCCUCCAAUUCUGAACUGCUGAGUGACCUGUUUGGGGGUGGAGGUGCAGCUGCUCCUGCCCAGGCUGGACAGUCAGGGGUGGAAGAUGUGUUUCACCCUAGUGGACCUGCAUCCGCCCAGUCGACACCACGCCGUUCCGCAGCCUCGGCCUCCGCAUCGCCAACCCGACGACUGGGAGAAGGUACCACCUUUGACCCAUUUGGAGCACCUUCUAAACCAUCAGGUCCAGAUUUGCUGGGUUCUUUUCUGAGCACAUCCAAUGCCUCCAGUGACCCCUUUCUUCAGCCCACGAGAAGCCCUUCACCUACAGUGCAUGCUUCUAGCACCCCUGCUGUGAACAUUCAGCCAGAUGUCUCUGGAGGCUGGGACUGGCAUGCUAAACCAGGAGGUUUUGGGAUGGGAAGCAAAUCAGCUGCCACCAGCCCAACAGGAUCCUCACAUGGCACUCCUACCCAUCACAACAAGCCCCAGACUCUGGAUCCUUUUGCUGACCUUGGAACACUAGGUACAAGCAUUGCAGAAGGGAAACAAAAAGCAGCUGAUUUUGAAGACCUGCUGUCUAGUCAAGGUUUCAAUGCCCACAAAGACAAAAAGGGACCUCGAACAAUAGCUGAGAUGAGAAAGGAGGAAAUGGCUAAGGAAAUGGAUCCUGAGAAAUUAAAGAUUCUGGAAUGGAUAGAAGGCAAAGAGAGAAAUAUCAGAGCCCUUCUUUCCACGAUGCACACUGUGCUAUGGGCUGGGGAAACCAAGUGGAAACCAGUGGGCAUGGCAGACCUGGUGACACCGGAGCAGGUGAAGAAAGUGUACAGGAAAGCUGUGCUGGUGGUGCAUCCAGAUAAAGCUACUGGGCAACCCUAUGAACAAUAUGCAAAGAUGAUUUUCAUGGAGCUAAAUGAUGCCUGGUCUGAAUUUGAAAACCAAGGCCAAAAGCCCUUGUAUUAAUUUGUGAGCUUUUCUAUCUUGGCUGCAGACCUUUGUUAAUGCUUAGUGUGUAUCACAAUUCUGAGGUUUUCACAGAUGAACCAAAAAUACCAAUAACAUAUUUCCAGUACUAAACUAACUGUCAAAUUACUCAUGAAUUAGUUUCUCAUGAUAUAAAGAAUAUGGAUGUUUGGUUUCUCAAAGUCCCUGCCAUAAAAAGAUCCAAAGCAUGAAAGGAACUUUAAGUGAGAUGAUCUUGCAGGGAUACAACAUUCCAGCCUGCCCUUUGGGGAGCCUACUCAGCAUUUUGCCUGGGGAAUGGAAAAUUGAGGACACCAAAGGUAAAGGCAUCACUCCAUCUCACUGUCUGAGAGUAAAAUUAAUGAACAAAAGUGAUAAUAGAAUUACUUGGAUUUCUUGAUAGUUUUAAAGAAUGGUUUUUAAUUUCUCUUGGAAAUACAUAAUUUGAGUGAUGGCUUUACAAAACUUCCAGGAACAGAAUCAUCAAGUAUUUUUUUUAAAUGGAAAUUUACUAUGGCCUUCAGCAUAACAGUGUAUGUGUCUUUUGGUUAAGGGCACUAACAACUAUAAAUGAUGUUAGAUUGAGGGAAGGGAUUAUUCUGUAUUCCAGUGAUUGCCACCCACUCUUCUUGGAUAAGCUACAAUUUAGUGCAAAUAUUGGCUAAAGAAAAUAGAGACUGUGAAGCUAAAGAAAUCUUUAUUUCUAUCAGGAUGUUGGGCUGCUCUCUUUCUGUCCCUUUAGAAAACUGUAGUUGAUUAAAGAAAAAAUUUUAAUGCUAUCACAACUCCAAACCUGGUUUGAAAGACCCUCCUAAUUUUUCCAUAAGACUUAAUGUUUUUCUUUACUUAGCCAAGAAAACAUUCUUAACUGAAAACAGAUUGUAAAGCAGUUUGGCCCAUUCAUGAUUUGUCAGGACCAACAGGUAGUAUGGACUUGGUGAACACCAAGUUUGUGAGUGGUUGUCAUAAGAACAGCCCUGAUAACUGUAGAGUAGAAGAGAACUGUCGUGGGAAGUAAGCUGCGUGCCCCUCAACAGAGUCACGGAGCUUGGGAUUUGCUUUGAGGAACCAGGUCCCCUCUUCUCCUCUGGUGAAUCUGGAUCCUUUGGAUUAUUGCAGAGGGGUUUAUGGUUUUAAAAGUAGCUGUGAGUCCAUAAGAGCAGCAUUCACAUAGGGACCUUUGGGAAAACAAAGCAAGAAUGAAACUUUUCCAGACCUCAGACUGGCUGGAUCUCAGCUCAGUGCUUCGGCAGCUUCUCAUUUGGAGGAGUCAUCUGUUUGCUCUUCUGUGAUUUCAGUAGAUUCUUGGUGAGCACGUGCACAAGGCAGAUGGGCAAGAAGAUUUUCAUGCUGGUCUUUAAAAGUUCAUGCUCAAUUGUUGUGAAAGCUUUCAAAAAUUGUUUUUAAAAGACAAUCAUUGGGUUUUUUGUUUGUUUGUUUGUUUCUGUCUUAAGUUUGUUGUGGCAAACUGUACUGGAAAAGCAGCAUGUCAAAAAUACUUUAGGUUCUACACAAAUCUCUCUCUCUUUUUAGUUGUAAAGGUUCAUUAUUUAUUUUAUUUCACUGACAAUGUGAAACUUGCAGAAAAUGUUCUCUUUUUAAAUAUGCAGCUGUAAACUGUUCGAGGUAACCAUAACAAAUUAGGUGUUAUUUAUUAACGUAUUAUAAAAUAAUGUUUGAUCCAGUAUGUGCUUGUCUUAUUUAAAAUUGGAAUGUGAGACAUGUUGCUGUGACCUGUUUUUUCUUUUCUCAUUCACAUUUGUAGAUAUUGUGUGAACUACAGUAUAUAAUGAUAAUAAUUAAAAGGCUAUUAUGUGGAUGUCACGUACAUUUUGAAAUGAUAGAACUAUAUAUUAGCUUUGUAUCAUGUUUGGAUAAUUCAUUAAUGUUCACAGUUUAAAACAUCAUUAAACACUAUGUAAUUAGCAAUGAGAAAGAAUCUUAUUUAAAUUUGGGGGGCUCCCCCUCUGUUUUCCAGAUACAUUAUAAUUCUGGACCCCUAUUUAUCUCAAAACUCUUAACAAAUGCAGACCAACAGGUUUUUUGCAUUCCUUCUAAAUAUCCGGUUGUGACAGAGCUUGUUGUUGAUCAGGUUCACUGUUUCAUUCAUAUUUAUUGUAAUAUAUUUUUUGUUUUGUAAAUAUGUUAUACACAACAAAAUGUGAUUGGUCUAAAAUAUUUGUAAUGUAUAUUAAAUGGCUCCAAAAUAUUUUUAGAAACCUAAGUUAUUUUUGCACUCAAUGACAAACUUGAAUUAUACUUUCUGAUGUGAUUCACUUCUGAAGUUCUGGGAAAAGAAUAUGAAAAGCAUAUAAUACAUUUGCACCAAAGUA